AUGUUCAAAUACGCCGCUGUUCUCUUCGCUCUGAUCGCCUGCGCCGCCGCCAAGCCCGGUCUCCUUGCUGCCGCUCCAUUGGCUUACGCUGCACCCGCUGCUGUUGUUGCCGCCCCUGCUCCAGUGGUGACCGCCACCAGUAGCCAAGUGAUCGCCCGCAACUACAAUGGCAUCGCCGCUGCCCCCGUCGUUGCUGCCGCACCAGUAGCCGCCCCCGUUGUUGCUCGUUAUGCCGCCGCUCCAGUAGCCGCCCCUGUUGUUGCCGCUCCAGCUCCAGUAGUGACUGCAACCAGCAGCCAAGUGAUCGCUCGCAAUUACAAUGGUAUCGCCGCUGCACCAGUUGUUGCCGCAGCCCCCGUGGUAGCUCGUUAUGCCGCCGCUGCUCCUUUGGUCGCAGCUCAUUAUGCUGCCGCUCCUCUGGCUACAGCUCUGUGGUAA